GCCUUUGUCUUAGCACCGUGUAUGAUCAAGCUCCUGGAAAGUACGCUCUCAUUAUUAUCUGACCACCAUUGACAUGCCACCUCCGGUCAUUAACAUCACAAUCCAUAAACUAAAUACUAUGCAGUUCCGCCAUGUCGGAGCUGACCACCCGAUCUAUUCCAAGAUCGUGGAGAUUGCAAAGGCUCUCGCUAGUCGCGAUAGCGUAGACGGUGUGGUCACCCCGGAUGAGAUGCUACCCUCACACUCGUCCUUCCUUGCAAUCUUGAAUGCUACUACCACCGCCCUGGAGCAUUCUGGUCUUCAUCUUUCCAGGCUCGAUCCCUUGUCACGCCAGAAGACCAUAUGCUUCUCAGUCGAUCUGAAUCAUAUGGUGGUAAGGGAUGUCACACAGGGCUCCGAGAGCAUCCCUGACUUUCCAUUGCCCGCGGACGAGGACGUACAGAAUGAUUUGAAGACUUUCGUAAUCGAACAAGUGAAUGAGUGGAAAAAGGAUGAAGAGUCGCGAAGGCAGGAGCACGAGGCUAAGAGGAAGCAAGAACAAGAACGUCGCAAAAAGAACGCAAUCGUUUUCUUGCGGCGUCUUGUGGAGAUGGACCUUGUAGAUCCGGAGGUGCUGGAACACGAUGCCCUCACUGUUACAUGCCCAUUAUGCUCCCAGGACCUUAUCCGAUGUCGUGUCUGCGGAGUGCACGCAUGCGAGAAUUCUGAUUGCAAGGCAUCUCCCAUUGUCUCCGUCGUGGGCUGCUCUUAUCACGACCGGGAGUUCCUCUGCGUUCCCUGCGCAACACCUCACUCUCCCGCAGCAGGCCAGUGUCCAACAUGCUCUCAGUGGUAUUGCAUGGAGUCAUUGAGUUGGUGUGUUGGACGGCCUGAAGGCGACGCGCAAUGGAACCGCAGACCUAACCACACUGCAUAUGAAAUUAUUUAUCCUACUAAAGACACAGAUACGGAAGACGACCACCACUCAGCCGAUCACGAACAUCCUCCAAGGAUCGCUCCUUGUCGUGACUGUGUUCGCCAGGGCCAUGCCUCAGCAUGGCGCCGCUGUGGUAACGUUUACUGCUGGUCCCGUAAUCGCAAUCGCUUCCGAGACAUGGUCUGCUCAGACUGUGCACCAGGAGGUCGUACAUGCGCAUGUUCACGGACAUGGCUAUGCGGACUCUGCUCAGCCGACACAUCCGGAACGCCUUUCGUCGAUUGCCCAAGCUGCAAAGUCGUGUAUUGCCAGGACUGGUGCGCGUACAUACAGAGCUGUACGGUUUGCAGCAGCACACGGCAGUGCGAUGACUGCAUAGAAGAGGAGUCGGAGACUGAGACUGAUGCGGAACAGCGUCAAAUCCACUGUCCGCGGUUCACUGAGAAGUGCGGGAUAUGCCGUCGUCAUAUUUGUGACGACUGUGUGCCCCGCUUGGCGAGGUGCUCGAGUUGUGGUCACUGCUAUUGUGAUCGGUGUAGAUGGACUGAGGCGGAGUAUUCAUGCAAAACGUGCUCGUCCCCCAUGUGCAGGGAUUGCACACGGAACUGGGAUGAUUGCCGGCAGUGUGUUGAUGCAAAGUAUCCAGGUUACAAGGGACAUCGCGCUAGCAGUCUAGUAAUGUUCCCGCCUGUGUUUUGAUGAGAAGCCCUGUAUACCAGUGGGUGGCGUGUAACAUGUAGACGGGUCGACCAGAGCCAGAUAUUAAUCGAGACACAGGAGCACGGAGUGUCAAGGAAUGAACUUUAUCAUACGAUUUGAUUGACUUCACGGUUGAAAUACCGUCUAUUCGUGUACUAUGACACAGUGUAUCAUUUAGGCUCAAGCACAUU